CGCCGCCCCACGUCGCCCCGCAGUGCCCCGAGGUGCGGCUGAACAUCAUCUCGAACCUGGACUGCGUGAACGAGGUGAUCGGGAUCCGGCAGCUCUCCCAGUCCCUGCUCCCGGCCAUCGUGGAGCUGGCUGAGGACGCCAAGUGGCGCGUGCGCCUCGCCAUCAUCGAGUACAUGCCCCUGCUGGCGGGGGAGGCGGGGGUGGAGUUCUUUGAUGAGAAACUCAACUCGCUUUGCAUGGCCUGGCUGGUGGAUCACGUAUACGCCAUCCGGGAAGCAGCCACCAGUAACCUGCGGAAGCUCGUGGAGCGCUUCGGGCCGGGCUGGGCGCAGGGAACCAUCGUCCCCAAGGUGCUGGCCAUGGCCGGGGACCCCAACUACCUGCACCGCAUGACCACCCUCUUCUGCAUCAAC